AUGGCAGAGCCCUGGACCCUGCCCACUGGUUUCGGGGAACUUGAUGUGCUGGCUGUGGGCACUGUGUUGCUGUUGGAAGCACUCAGCGGGCUCAGCCUCAACGGCCUGACUAUCCUCUCUUUCUGCAAGAUCCCCACGCUAUGGACACCUGGCCACCUGCUGGUGCUGAGUUUAGCUCUGGCAGACAGUGGAAUCAGCCUGAACGCCCUGGUUGCAGCCAUGUCCAGUCUCCGCCGGCAUUGGCCCUAUGGCUCUGAUGGCUGCCAGGCACACGGCUUCCAGGGCUUCAUGGUGGCUCUGGCCAGCAUCUGCACCUGUGCGGCUAUCGCCUGGGAGCGCUACCACCAUCACUGCACCCGAAGCAAGCUGGUUUGGAGCUCAGCCAGCAUCCUGGUGCUCUUCAUUUGGCUCUCUUCUGCCUUCUGGGCAGCUCUGCCCAUCUUGGGGUGGGGUCACUAUGACUAUGAGCCACUGAGAACAUGCUGCACUCUGGACUACACCACAGGGGACAGAAACUUCACCAGUUUCCUCUUCACCAUGGCCUUUUUCAACUUCCUCCUGCCCCUCUUCAUCACAGUUAUUUCCUACUGGCUCAUGGAGCAGAAACUCAAGAAGAAUGGUCUUCUCAAGAUGAACACGACUUUGCCAGUGAGGACCCUACUGCUAGGCUGGGGCCCUUAUGCCCUCCUGUACCUCUAUGCAGCUGCUGCCGACGUGCGCUCCAUUCCACCGAGACUGCAGAUGAUGCCUGCCCUCAUGGCCAAAGCAGUGCCUAUUGUCAACGCCUGCCACUAUGCCCUGGGGAAUCAGGUGAUCCGCAGGGGACUCUGGCAAUGUCUCUCUGGGCAGAGGAGUAAGACCCCUCCCAGUGUGUGGGACCAAACCCAGUGA